UAUAAUAUUCAAACCAUUUCUGACCCCUCCUCCACCUGCUUCUUAGCCCAAGAUUGAUGGGCAAAUGUCAGACAGUCAGCAGCAAGAGAGGGAAGCCUGGAGAAAUCCCCUGAUAAGCCCCAGCUGGAGCUGCUCCUUUUCCCUCCGUCUUUUUCUGCAGGAGGCCAACAGGGGCUGAACCCUAAAAAGGAUUCCUUUCAAGAUUGGGCAGCCCAAGAAACAGAUUGUACCCAAAACAGUGGAGAGAGACUUUGAAAGGGAGUAUGGAAAACUCCAGCAGCUGGAGGAGCAGACCAAGAGACUGCAGAAGGACAUGAAGAAGAGCACCGAUGCUGACCUGGCCAUGUCGAAAUCUGCCGUGAAGAUAUCCCUGGACUUACUUUCCAAUCCCCUCUGUGAGCAAGACCAAGACUUUUUGAACAUGGUCACAGCCUUGGACACAGCCAUGAAGCGGAUGGAUGCCUUCAACCAAGAAAAGGUGAACCAGAUCCAAAAGACUGUGAUUGAACCCUUGAAAAAGUUUGGCAGUGUCUUCCCGAGCCUCAACAUGGCAGUGAAGCGGCGGGAGCAGGCCUUGCAGGACUACAGGAGACUCCAGGCCAAGGUGGAGAAGUACGAGGAGAAGGAGAAGACAGGACCCGUGCUGGCCAAGCUGCACCAGGCCCGAGAAGAGCUGCGGCCUGUGCGGGAUGACUUUGAGGCCAAGAACAAGCAGCUCUUGGAUGAGAUGCCACGGUUCUACGGUAGCCGACUCGACUACUUCCAGCCCAGCUUUGAGUCCCUGAUCCGAGCGCAGAUUUCCCCUGGAAAAGUCUGGUUCCCACUUCUCCUCCUGCAUCUUUGGAGACGUCCAAAGCCAUGGGACCAGUGCACAGGCACCCCUGCCCACACCAGCUGUUGGAAGGAACCAGGGAUUGAAGGGCGUCACCUCCACCCCCAUCCCCACAGGGCCACAUUGCCUCUCUGCAACCCUGGUCUUGGACGGAGCCUUUCUCUGCAGUGGACAUUCCAGAAAGCCACAGGCUGUGGUUCAGUCCUUCCUGCACCACCAGUUCAGGGAAAUGGGUCGUGUACUACUCAGAAAUGCAUAAGAUCUUUGGUGACCUCACCCAGCAGCUUGACCAGCCGGGCCACUCAGAUGAGCAGCGGGAGCGAGAGAACGAGGCCAAACUGAGCGAGCUCCGAGCCCUCUCUAUCGUGGCUGAUGACUGAGCUUCCAUCCUUCAAAGACUUCUGGGACACAGGCAACCUCUCUAGUCUUUGCCCUUAGCAGGCACAGGCUCAUGCUUCUCCCACUGGCUGCUGUUUUGGAGACAAGAGGUGGCCCCUGCUCCACCUUAUAAUCCUUUGAACUGAGUGUCUCCAUUCUCUUGAGCCUGUCACCAGGAGCCCCAAACAGGCUGCUCUCCUCAGGCACAGGUAAGCAGUGUAGAAAAACCCUAGGGGCUUUUUUAUUUCCUGAAGAACCGUCCAGAGUAUAACCUGACCUCAGGCCAGAGCAGCAGCCCCCUGGAAGGGCCUGGGUUUUGCCGUUGCAGUUGAGGGUCUUAGCCCCACUUGCGCAGCAGGGAUCGCAUCUACCUCGAGGACACAUUCCUGGCCCCUCGUUGCUCUUCACACCAAAGAUUCUUCUGGGCAAGGUACAGGCACAGUCCUGGGGAACAGGAGAGCCCUGUUCCUCCAGCCCCAGCAGACCCCUCACUCCAGCAUGACAAAGGCGGGCUCAGUGCAGGGACAAGCCCUCGCUCUUCCGCAUUCCCUAGGUAACUGGGACUUGAUGUUAACUAUCCCCCCAUGCAGCAUGUGACACAUCAAUCCACAGGCCUCAAAGCAAGAGCAGUGGGUUUGUGUCUAACCUGGAUAUCUGGAAUUUUAUUUUUUCAAGUAAAGUUUCCAACAAAACAUC